UCAGCUUGAAGCCACAGAGACUCUUGUAAAGAUGGCGACUGUGGGGCACAGGAGUGAAAACUGGACCCUUUACCGUUAUCAAACAUAGCUGCUCCAGGGACAGUAACAAUUGACACGGCAGCGGGAGCGAAAGCUAAUCCACCCGUGUGUCAGCUGCAGAAAGCUGUUCGGUGCUGGGAGCUGUCACUGCGGGCCUGCUUGCUUUUGUUUUCGGUUGUCGUUGCCUUGGAUAGCUUAUUAGCUUCAACUUGGAAAGCGAAUGCUAACCCAGGGCUAGCCUUGUAGCUCCAUCGGCUGUUGGGAGCUCUCUCUACGGCUUUCAUGGAUUGAUAUGCUGGUUUUAUAAUAAUGUAUUGCAUUUAGCUAUUUAAAGUUUGAAUUUUAACUCCUAUGACUCGCUUGGAUUAAACACUUCAGGAGGAAUAAGGGGUGCCGAAUACCUGGCAUUGCGACACUGUUUUGAGUGCCGAGGCGGAGUGAGUUUACCGUCAUGUAUUUUCUAACCGGCUGGCCACGGAGGCUGCUUUGUCCGCUGAGGAGUGAAGAGGAGCCGUUCCACGUCCAGCCCAGUUCCCAGAGGUUUUACUUCGCCGUGCUGUCAGAGACCCAGCUCAGCAUAUGGUUUAGUCGGCCCAGUGUUUUGAUAGUCAGCUAUAUCGAGUCUGCAAAGGCGGCUACCCAGUUUGGCUUCUACCAGAAAGCAGAAUGGAAACCAGACGACUCCAUGAUAGCUGUGGCGACUGCCAACGGCUACAUCCUCCUGUUUGAUGUGCUGGGUGGGGGGGACGACAAGUACCUCUAUGAGCCUGUCUAUCCAAAAGGGAGUCCUCGUGUGAAGGUGACUCCGGGCUAUAAGGAGGAACAGUGUGCCCCUGCUUUGUCUCUAGAGAUGAAGAAGCCUGUGGAUCUGGAGGCCCCCAUCACCAGUCUGCAGUCCCUCCAGGAGGACUUGCUGGUGUGCACUGCAGACGGAUACCUGCAUGUGCUGCACUGGGAUGGGCUCGGCAGCAACGGACGCAAAGCCAUCUGCCUCACUACAAUCCCCUUCUCACUAGACCUGCAGUCUGCUCGAGGUGGUCCCUCUCCUGACCUGGAGGGAGUGUAUAUCCGUUGUAUGGAGUAUUGUGUGACGCUGGACGGCUUCGCUGUGGUGCUGAGUGACGGACGCCUGGGCUUCAUCACGCCGCUCACCAACACCAUCACCGCAGAUCAGCUGCAGGGCGUCUGGGCAGCAGAUGUGACUGACGGUACCUGCGUGGCUGUCAACAACAAGUACAGACUGAUGGCCUUUGGCUGUGCCAGCGGCUCAGUGCUGGUGUACAUGAUAGACACCGCGACAGGAUCAAUGCAGCUCUCACACAAACUGGAGCUCACCCCCAAACACUACCCAGACAUUUAUAACAAGACGGGUGCAGUCAAGCUGAUCUGCUGGUCACCUGACUACAGUGUUACCAUGGUUACAUGGGAGUGUGGCGGCCUAUCGCUGUGGAGUGUCUUCGGAGCUCACCUCAUCUGCACUCUGGGCGAGGACUUUGCGUAUCGUUCUGAUGGUACCAAGAAGGAACCAAUUAAAAUCAGCUCUAUGAGCUGGGGAGCGGAGGGCUACCACCUUUGGGUGAUCCCUAUCAAGCAGGAGAAGAAGAAGAAGCAGGAGGAGCAGGAGGUGGAGGAGAUGGAGACCCCCCCUCACCCCACCCUGCAGGCCGGCAUACUGCAGUUCCACUUCAUCAAAAGUGCCCUCACAGUCAACCCGUGCACGAGUAACCAGGAGCAGGUGUUGCUGCACGGGGAGGACCGCCUCUACCUGACCUGUGGUGACCCGUCGCAGGUCAACAACCCCUCUGACACACACCCACACACACGUACACCCGCACGACGGCAGCCCGCUGCACCACCCCCCAACCCAGACUCCUCUCUCUCUCAGGGACUCAGCACUUUACUGGGACACAAGCACUGGCACGUGGUCCAGAUUCACAGCACAUACCUAGAGAGCAACUGGCCUAUAAGGUUUGCAGCCAUAGACACAGCAGGCCAGUGCAUGGCUGUAGCAGGGAGGCGGGGCUUUGCACACUACUCCUUAUUCACCAGGAAAUGGAAGCUGUUUGGAAACAUCACUCAGGAGCAGAACAUGACGGUGACAGGAGGGCUGGCUUGGUGGAAGGACUUUGUGGUGGUGGCCUGUUACAAUUAUAUAGACCAGCAAGAGCAGUUGAGGCUCUAUCAGCGCUCAGCAAACCUGGACAACGCCUUUGCAUCUGUCACUAAGCUGCAGUCAGACACUCUGCUGCUGAACGUCUUCAGAGACAUGGUCAUCCUGUUCAGAGCCGACUGCUCCAUCUGUCUCUACAGCCUGGAGCGGAGGAACGACAGUCCACACCCGACAGCCAGUGUGGAGUUGUUGCAGGAGGUGUCGAUGUCUCGCUACAUCCCUCACCCCGCCCUGGUGGUCUCCGUCACACUCACCUCUGUGCGCACAGAGACCGGCAUCACAUUGAAAGCCCCGCAGCAGGCCUGCAUGGCAGAGAGCAUCAUGUUGAACCUGGCUGGCCAGCUGAUCAUGCUGCAGAGGGACCGCUCAGGGCCGCAGGUACGGGAGAAGGAGACGCCUGCCAACUCCAAGAAGCUGCUACAAUUUUGUCCUCCCGUGGUGCUGGCCCAGUGUGUGGAGAACGUGUGGACCACCUGUCGCUCCAACAGGAAGAAGCGCCACCUGCUGGAGGCCCUGUGGUUGUCCUGCGGCGAGGCGGGCAUGAAGGUGUGGCUGCCUCUGUUUCCCCGAGACCACCGCAAGCCCCACUCCUUCCUCUCCAGACGCAUCAUGCUGCCCUUUCACAUCAACAUCUACCCUCUGGCCGUGCUGUUCGAGGACGCCCUGGUGCUGGGGGCCUCCAACGAGACGGUGCUCUACGACGGUCUGCAGGGCCCCUCUGAGCCGCUGGAGGUGCUGUUCCCUUACUGCACCGUGGAGAGGACGUCCCAGAUCUACCUCCACCACAUCCUGAGGCAGCUGCUGGUGCGCAACCUGGGUGAACAGGCUUUGAUGCUGGCUCAGUCCUGUGCCUCCCUGCCCUACUUCCCCCACGUCAUGGAGCUGAUGGUGCACGUGGUGCUGGAGGAAGAGGCCACGUCGCGGGAGCCCAUCCCCGACCCUCUGCUGCCCACCGUGGCCAAGUUCAUCACAGAGUUCCCCCUCUUCCUCCAGACCAUCGUCCACUGUGCCAGGAAGACGGAGUACGCCCUGUGGAACUACCUGUUUGCCGCCGUGGGAAACCCCAAAGAUCUGUUUGAGGAGUGUCUCAUGGCCCAAGACCUGGACACAGCAGCCUCCUAUCUGAUUAUACUGCAGAACAUGGAGGUUCCAGCAGUGAGCAGACAACACGCCACUUUACUCUUCAACACGGCACUCGAGCAGGGCAAGUGGGACCUCUGCCGGCACAUGAUCCGAUUCCUCAAAGCCAUCGGAUCUGGGGAGAUGGAUACUCCUCCCCCAACACCCACCACUCAGGAACCCAGCAGCUCAAGUGGUGGUUUUGAGUUCUUCAGAAAUCGCAGCAUCAGUUUGUCGCAGUCAGCGGACGCCAUCGCUACGGGGAAGUUCAACCUGCAGAAGACCUUCAGUAUGCCCUCGGGACCCUCGGCUAAAGGUCGGGAGGUGGACUGUGCGGAGAACAUGUACAUCGACCUGAUGCUGUGGCGUCACGCCCGCCACCUCCUGGAGCAGGUCCGCCUCCGAGACCUGGGAUGCUUCUCCGCACAGCUGGGCUUCGAACUCAUCGGCUGGUUGUGUCGGGAACGGAACCGCGUGGCCCGGGUCGAGGACUUCGUGUCUGCGUUGAAGCGACUCCAUAAGGACUUCCUCUGGCCCUUCCCUGUUAUCCCCGUGGGAAGCAUCAGCUCGCCUCUGAAGAACGGACGCUGUCGCCCAGCGCUGAGCACUCGGCUGUUGAAGUCUCAGUCGGCUGACAGUCUGCUGAACAGCGACAUGGACACGGGGCCCCUUCAGGUGGACAAAACCAGCCACAGCUGGCUGGACAGGCUGGAGGACAGAGCCAAGGACAUGGACACAGCCUCCUCCGCCCACUCCAACCAACACUCUCCACAGACACACGACGCCAUCCUGUCUCUGCUCACCAACAAAGUGGAGGAGUACAGCGUGGGCUCGGCCACAGACCUGACGGAGACCAGCUCGGUGGUGGAUGGUGAUUGGAUGAUGGUUGAUGAGAACUCGUCCACUCUGAGUCUCAGUCAGGCCGAGUUGGAGCACAUCUCCAUGGAGCUGGCUAACAAAGGCCCGCACAAGUCACAGGUGCAGCUCAGGUAUCUCCUUCAUGUGUUCAUGGAGGCGGGCUGUCUGGAGUGGUGUGUGGUGAUUGGUUUGAUCCUGCGGGAUGCCAACGUCAUAAAGCAGGUGAUCUGCUUCCUGGACAGCCCCGAGGUCCCCCAGGAAACUGUGCAGAGCAUCCGGAAGGGCCUAUUGGCUGUCGACUCGUGGGUGUCCACUAACUGCCUGGGCUACAAGCCCUUCCUGAGCCUGAUCCAGCCCCAGCUGCAGGACCUGAUGGAGGCGGCGGUGGAGGCGGUGCAGCCCGAGGCCUUCCAGCCCACCAGCCAGAGCUCCAAGCUGGGCGGCUCCGAGGGUCCGGGAGGGGCCGCGGCGCCCCGGGCGGAGGACAUCCGAGGAGUAGCGGCUCCUCUGGGCCUCGCCCUGCCCUCCCUGGAACCCCCGGGAGGGUUCCCCCGUCCCCCCUCUGCCGACUGUCCCCCCGAACAGACGGAGGAGCAGGGGAAGGAGGAGGGGGCCUACGACUGCACCCUGUCAUGAAGCCAGGAGCCUCCUCUGGACUCACACCUGUGACAGAGGGGGGCACAGCAGGGGCUGGACUGGAAAUAUACUCUUGUUGGAGUGUGUGUGUCUGAGUGUGUGUGUGUGCAGAAAGUACCUCUCCUGCAGGUUCUUACUUCAGUCAGUAUUAUCCACUCUUCAGAUGUACCCCCCUGUGGAUACCGAGCUACAGACCAUAAUGUGCUGUUAGACAAAAGCCACCUGUCAGUUUGUGCGUCUAUACAUCAGGUGUGUGGAAGCUGUGGACCAGCACAUUUCAUUUGUUCAAAUUCCAAGACAAAUAAUCUGUGUGCGUAGCUUUUCUUUGACACUCAAGUUCAACUGGAGGCUUUGGAACGUUUUAUUUGUUUCACUGUCCAGACAAGAAGCUCCAUUGUUUCCUUUGGUGUAAUGUGUGCAAGAAUCAGUUCACAGACGAGCCCUGAGUGUGUUAGCAUCAUGCUACAUCGCCUAGCAAAACGUAGAACAAAAAAACAUUUACAGGAAGUGUGUCUGAGCCCACGGCGUGCACGAGAGGUGUUUCAUACUUUCAUACCUCAUAUGAUUUAAAAAUAUUUUGUGAUACCUUUUUCAAUAAUGUAACAGUGUACAAAAUAACAUUAUUUUUCUAUCCAUUACACCUCGUCCUUCUUGAGCCUCCCCUUAGAAGCAUGGUAUGAAUUCUUUGAGAAGUGGCGUCCUGAGCAUUUCUCAGAAUACGAUCGCGGAUUAGUUUCCAAACACAUUUCAUACACCACCUUUGCUGAUACCCAGACCCAAAUAUGACCGAGUGCGCUGUCUGAUAUUCUUCACGUGUUCCAGAUUUAAGACAACAAUCAGAGCAGUGUUGAGCAGAUUUUAAAGCGCCAUAAAAACCAAAUGAUGUGAUAUGUUCUCCAACUUUUAAACACACAUUUGGGUUUAAGUGUCCGUCUGGGAGAUGAGAAUGUGUUUCCUUUCAUCAGCGAGGCAGAUUUUGUGUUAUUAAAUCCAUCCUACUCUGAAGACUUCAUGCUUAUUGAAAGAGGAUCAAUUCCUUCCCUCAGCAGCAGUGUUAACAGUCAGUAUCAUUUUUGAAGUGAGAAUGGUUGCAUUGGCUAUGUAAUGGAAGAAUUGUAAUUUCACUUGCCAUAUCACCUCCCUGAACCUCUAAGACUAUGAUUUCUGGAUGCGUGUACCACAUUGUAUUGAGAACGUGUCGACUUGCUUGGUGACUCAUCACAUGCAAAUAGAUUUUAAUCGUAUUAGUCUUCAUUUAUGGUAUUAUUUAUUGGCAUUAUAGCUGCCUCUGAAUUUUGCUCGGUUUGUUUUUACUGACUGAUAACAAACUUGUCCCCCUUUAAUGAAAUCAAACUCGUGUAUUGGCUCUCUACCGCAGGAACUAAACGGUUCAUCAGUCAGUAUUAUAUUGUGCAAUGUAUCGAAAUGUUACUCAGCUUUAUUUUUGUAUGUUCUUUUCCCCAGCUUUUACUGACCAUGAUAGACCAAAUUAUAUUUGAUAGAUACCUUUUAGCUCUCUUGUAAUGAGAUGAGUCGGGUGUCGUAUCUGUAUGAAAUUCUUCAAUGUAUGAAUUGCCUGUUUUGUUCAAACACUCACAAAAGGGCAGAGUGAUGAACUCAACCCCCCCCCCCGAACAAGCGUACAGCAACACUACGCUGCUCCGCUUUACUUGAAAAACGGUAGCACGACGAACCAAAGACUUGACGUCCAGAGGCCUUCUGCUCCCACCGGUUGCUUCAAAUCGAGUGUCUCACAACGCAAAGGGGAGACAACAAAAACACCCUCACCCCCCCUCUUCAGAAACUAACCAUUGAUGCUCAAACUCAUUCUGACGAGACAGUUUCCUAGGGAAAUGAUGAAUACUGCCGAUGUUUUCUGGUUCCCUUCUCUGCAGGUGGGGGCAGGUCAUGGUACUCUAGGUGCACCCCCCCGUGUACAGUUUAAAUUGUUGCCUGAUUCCUGAGUAGAUUUUUUUUUUUUCUGGGGCAUCGGCAGCAAACAUCCUCAGUGCAGUGUAAAGGUACUCUCUUGUACAUUUGCCUUUUCUACUCAUGUUUGGUUUUCUACUUCAUUUUUUUUCCUUGUACAUAAAGACCAAUAAAUUAUUUUUAAAAAUGA